CUUCAUCUCAGUGCCAGCCAUGCCGUCUGCCACCAAAGAGUCGAAUAAGAAGCCCGCCGUCGACUCCGAGCCCCUAAGCCCGUUUCUCACCACCCUCGAAACCGACAUCAGCAACAUCCAAGCCGCACUCUCUGGAACUCGUUCACGCGUCAACAGUGCCGAAGCCAGGUACACGCUGGAUGAGCUGGAUGCGUUGACUAGGUCUAUUGCCAUUACGGCUAGCGAGAGGUAUGCGGAGUCGAUGAAGGUGGCUAGGACGAGCUCCAAGGAGGACUCGGAGGCUAGUGCUGCGGAGGGUAAAGGAAAGGAGGGUAUAGGCGCCGGAGGGGAAGCUGGGACGGAAGGAGGGAAUGAAAAGGCUGGAUCGGAAGCGGGAGUGAUUGGACGAAGAAAGGAGACCAGGGAAGUGAAGGUGACUGGUGGCGGCGAAGGAAGAAAGGGAGGACUCGGCGAUAUAUCUAAGGCGCGUAAUGAUGUGAAGGAUGCGAACCCGAAGGCUUCCAGACCUCACGCCAAGAGCUCGACUCCUGCCAGUCCUACCAAAAUGAGAACGAGCACUUCUCAUCCUCCCAGCUCUUACCGGUCUGGCCAUGGUAUUACUUCUAGCAAGUCUCAUUCCAGUUUGACUCCUCAUUCCCCGACAUCCCCAAUUACUCGCAAGACAUCGACGUCAGGGAUGCAGAAAAGCCAGUCCACUCACCUUCCAUCGACUCAAAUAUCUUCUUCUACCGACGCCGCUACUCCAUCUAUAGCCACAUCUACUACCAAUCAUCACGAGCGCACCAUUUCUCCACCUCCAUCCGGGUCUCCCCAGCGUACCAAGCCCUCUGAUCUCCCCAAUGUCUCCAGCACCUCUCGCAAGACGACGUCUUCCGCCCAUGCUCAGACUCAGGGUAUCCCUACGAAGUUCAGUAUCACACUCAGCCCUUUCAAGUAUCGCACCAAUCCAAUCAAUCCCCGCUCUUCUACCAACCACGCCUCGUCUUCACACAUAGCUCGUCCUGUUAAACCCGACUCUAGUAGUCUUCAGAGCAGUAGCGUCACCGCCAGUAGCGAAAGUUCUCCGAGCUUGAAGAGCGCGUCGCUUUCGCCUUCGAGUACGAUAGGUUCGGGUUUGUCGAGCUGGACUUUGGACGCUUUGUCGAGGAGCAGUUCGAGGGCUUCGUUGGUUGGGUGAGAGGGUGAGGGUGUUGCCGAGUAUGGUGUAUGUAAGGGCAAGGAGGUAGGACGCUCGUUUGUGUUGGUAGGAACGUUUAUCUGUGCCGUUGAUUUCUCUCCUUCAUAUUCCUUCGUGGUGUUACAAUAUCCACGGGCGCGGAGACCCCGUUCACCUUCGAAUUAAACUGAUCACUUCUGACCUCGCUUUGCCUCGUAUUAUCGAUUCAUCAUAUGCACUCGCACGGAUUCACGGUCCUCGUGUUAUUGUUCUUCUCAUUUGCAUAUGCAUACCGUCACUGUAUCCCAUACACGAUUCGCCUCGUCGCACGCUUUCUUGGUUCUGUAUUUGUACUCUACUGCCUCUGUCUCUGCCCCUGUGUAAAUAUUGUUCAUAUCGUCGUUCGGUCACACUGACAGGAACCGUUACAGCUCUUGUAUUUCUACUGUAGUCAUCUCUUAGGAGUAGCCUGUAUUUUACUUGUACUAUUAUGUUGUCGUGGUUGUUUCUUGGAUAUCGAUACUGAUGAGCC